GGCGCGGCGCGGCGGCGGGGCGGCAGAGCGUGCGCGCGCGUGCGGCGAGGAUGGAGUCGUCGUCGGGCCCGAAGCGCAGCACCCGGAGCGGGGCCUCGGCCUCGUCGUCCUCGUCGUCGACGCCCUUGUCCCCGGCGCGGAUCACGCGGCUGCAGGAGAAGGAGGACCUGCAGGAGCUGAACGACCGCCUGGCCGUCUACAUCGACAAGGUGCGCUCGCUGGAGUCGGAGAACGCGGGCCUGCGCCUCCGGAUCUGCGAGUCCGAGGAGGAGGUGAGCCGCGAGGUGAGCGGCCUCAAGGGCGCCUACGAGGCCGAGCUGGCCGACGCCCGCAAGACCCUCGACGCCGUCGCCAAGGAGCGCGCCCGCCUCCAGCUCGAGCUCGCCAAGGUCCGCGAGGAGCACAAGGAGCUCAAGGCCAGGAAUGCCAAGAAGGAAGGGGACCUGCUCUCGGCCCAGGCCCGGCUGAAGGACCUGGAGGCCCUGCUCAACUCCAAGGAGGCCGCGCUCAGCACCGCUUUGGGGGAGAAGCGCAGCCUGGAUACCGAGGCCCGGGAACUCCGCGCCCAGCUGGCCAAGUUGGAAGCCGCUUUGGCCGAGGCCAAGAAGCAGCUUCAGGAUGAAAUGCUGCGUCGGGUGGAUGCCGAGAACCGCCUCCAGACCCUGAAGGAGGAGCUGGACUUCCAGAAGAGCCUCUACAGCGAGGAGCUGCGGGAGAGCAAGCGCCGGCACGAGACGCGGCUGGUGGAGAUCGACAGCGGGCGGCAGCAGGAGUUUGAGAGCAAGCUGGCCGAGGCCCUGCACGACCUGAGGGGGCAGCACGAGGCCCAGGUGCGCAUGUACAAGGACGAGCUGGAGAAGACCUACAGCGCCAAGCUGGAGAAUGCCAAGCAGUCCGCAGAGAGGAACAGCAGCAUGGCCGGGGCCGCCCACGAGGAGCUGCAGCAGACCCGCAUUCGCAUCGACAGCCUCUCCGCUCAGCUCAGCCAGCUGCAGAAACAGAUGGCGGCCAAGGAGGCCAAGCUGCGGGACCUGGAGGACGCCUUGGUGCGGGAGCGGGACAGCAGCCGCCGGAUCCUGGCCGAGAAGGAGCGGGAGAUGGCCGACAUGCGGGCCCGCAUGCAGCAGCAGCUGGACGAGUACCAGGAACUGCUGGACAUCAAGCUGGCCCUGGACAUGGAGAUCAAUGCCUACCGCAAGCUCCUGGAGGGAGAGGAGGAGAGGCUGCGCCUGUCUCCCAGCCCCACCUCCCAGAAGAGCGGCUCUCGCACCCGCAUCUCGCACUCCUCUUCCUCCUCGAUGCAGAGCUCGGCCAAGAAGCGGAAGCUGGGGGCCGGCGGGGAGAGCCGCACCAACUUCUCCCAUCACGCCAGGACCAGCGGGAAGGUGGCCGUGGAGGAAGUGGACCUGGAGGGGAAGUUUGUCCGCCUGCGCAACAAGUCCAGCGAGGACCAGGCUCUCGGCAGCUGGCAGAUCAAGCGCCAGAACGGAGACGAGGCCCCCAUCGUCUAUCGGUUCCCCCCAAAGUUCACCCUGAAAGCGGGGCAGGUUGUGACGAUCUGGGCCUCGGGGGCCGGGAUCAGCCACAACCCUCCGUCCGACAUGGUCUGGAAGAACCAGACCUCCUGGGGCUCCGGGGACAGCCUCCGCACCGCCCUCCUCACUUCCUCUGGAGAGGAAGUGGCCAUGCGGAAGCUGGUGCGCACCAUCGUGGUCAAUGACGAGGAUGAAGAUGAGGAGGACGAAGACGGCAUCCACCACCGUCACCACCAUAGCCACUGCAGCGCCUCCGGGGACCCUGGGGAGUACAACCUGCGCUCGCGCACCAUCCUGUGUGGCUCCUGUGGGCAGCCGGCCGAGAAGUCCGGGGGAGUCUCCAACUCCUCUGCUACCGCGGCCGCCGGAGGGGGGGCCACCAGCACCCUCUCCUCCGGGGGCUCCUCCUCCUCCAGCCUGACCAUCACCCGCAGCUACCGCACGGGGGGCUCCAGCCUGGCCGAGGGGCUCCUGCCCCGCUCCUACAUCCUGGGGGGACCCAGCCCACACCAGCAGGCUCCUCAAAACUGCAGCAUCAUGUAAUGGCCAUCCGUCCGUCCGUCCGUCUUUCCGUCUAACGUCUGCAGAAGGAGGAAAAAAAAAGAUUUUUUAAAAAAGUUAAUUUUCUACACCAGGAAUUUAUACUUUAGUAGAUAGAUAGAUAAAUCGAUCUAUACAUAUAUACAUAGAGAGAGAGAGAUAUAUAAAAAUGCUAAAAAGAUGUAUCAGGAGUUUUUUUAAGGAAUGGAAAAAAAACCCACUUUUUCAGCCAAAAAUAAUAAUAAUAAUAAUUCCCUUUUUAAAGAGCUACUAAGCCAAAGAGGCUGAUGCCAAAAAAGAGAGAGAUCCCUGUGUUAUAAUGCUCUGUGUGUGUUUAAUAUGUGUAUUUGUUUUCUUCCUUUGGAUACCAAAUUGGGUUGUUUUUGUUUGUCUUGUAAAAGGAAGCGAGUCCCUCGGAGUUUUAAGGCCUUUAACGGCCAACUUUGGGGCCCUUUUCUUUGUUUUUGCACUUAACGUCUCUCUUUUAUGGGAAUUAAGGAGAUUUCCUUCCUCUUUUGGGGUUCACGGCAGCCUCAAAAUGCACUUAGAUUCUCUUCGUUAAUGGAGGCACUCGUUUCAAGCCCAGCUUUUGAGGUUCUGGAUGCAAAGAGUGACCCCAAUUAAUGCAAUUUGUUGUGGGAUUAUUUGCUGUUUCGAUUCAUAAAGGAGUCAGGUUACAAUCCGAACCAUAAAAUCCCAUUCUCACAAAUAAUCCUAGCCAUUGAAAUGCAAAUUCAGACCAACAUUGAGGUAAAUUGGCUCGGAUUAUAAAUCCAAUUCUCUCAAACAAUUCCAGCCAUUUAAGUACAAAUUCAGACCAGCGUUGAGGUAAAUUGGCUCGGAUUAUAAAUCCAAUUCUCUCAAACAAUUCCAGCCAUUUAAGUACAAAUUCAGACCAAGGUUGAGGUAAAUUGGCUCGGAUUAUAAAUCCAAUUCUCUCAAACAAUUCCAGCCAUUUAAAUACAAAUUCAGACCAAGGUUGAGGUAAAUUGGCUCGGAUUAUAAAUCCAAUUCUCUCAAACAAUUCCAGCCAUUUAAAUACAAAUUCAGACCAAGGUUGAGGUAAAUUGGCUCGGAUUAUAAAUCCAAUUCUCUCAAACAAUUCCAGCCAUUUAAGUACAAAUUCAGACCAGCGUUGAGGUAAAUUGGCUCGGAUUAUAAAUCCAAUUCUCUCAAACAAUUCCAGCCAUUUAAAUACAAAUUCAGACCAAGGUCGAGGUAAAUUGGCUCGGAUUAUAAAUCCAAUUCUCUCAAACAAUUCCAGCCAUUUAAAUACAAAUUCAGACCAAGGUUGAGGUAAAUUGGCUCGGAUUAUAAAUCCAAUUCUCUCAAACAAUUCCAGCCAUUUAAAUACAAAUUCAGACCAAGGUUGAGGUAAAUUGGCUCGGAUUAUAAAUCCAAUUCUCUCAAACAAUUCCAGCCAUUUAAAUACAAAUUCAGACCAAGGUUGAGGUAAAUUGGCUCGGAUUAUAAAUCCAAUUCUCUCAAACAAUUCCAGCCAUUUAAGUACAAAUUCAGACCAGCGUUGAGGUAAAUUGACUCGGAUUAUAAAUCCAAUUCUCGUAAACAAUUCCAGCCAUUUAAAUUCAAAUUCUGACCAACUUUGAGGUCAAUUUUACGUCCUGAGCGAAGACUCCCAUUGAUUUAAAUGGUUCAGUUGAGUCAGGUUUAAAAUUGAUGUUAGGCCUGGAGGUUUCCACGGAGCCAGACCAACGCUGAGGCAAAUUUCAAGUCCUGAGUGAAAUUCCCUUUGGUUUAAAUGGUUCAAUUAAAUUGGAACUAAAACUAGUUUUAUCCCUGAAGGUUCCAAAAUCCGGAUUAAAAUGCCUUAAAACACUUCUAGAUUGAAAAACUUCAUGCCUUGUGCCUUUGGGGAGGACGGGGCCUACGCGGACGGAGAAAGCCUGGCUCGAUUUUGGAGGCGUCAAAAGCCGUUUCCGUGGCGAUGCUGGCUCCUCCCCUUUCCCCUCCCUAAUCAUGCUUAGCUUGACGCAGCAGUUAAGUUUUCCCGCCUUUUGCCGUUUCCAUGGUGACGCUGGCUCCUCCCCUUUCCCCUCCUCCCUGCUCAAUGCUCCCUGCUCAGUUUUUCCCGCCUUUUUGCUGUGUCCAUGGCAACAUUGGCUCCUCCCCUUUCCCUGACCAUGCUUGGCUUGGCACCGCUGUUAAUCUCCCUCAGUUUUUCCCGCCUUUUUGCCAUUUCCAUGGCAACAUUGGCUCCUCCCCUUUCCCUGACUAUGCCUGGCUUGAAGCAGCUGUUAAUCUCCCUCAGUUUUUCCCGCCUUUUUGCCGUUUCCAUGGUGACGCUGGCUCCUCCCCUUUCCCCUCCUCCCUGCUCAAUGCUCCCUGCUCAGUUUUUCCCGCCUUUUUGCUGUGUCCAUGGCAACAUUGGCUCCUCCCCUUUCCCUGACCAUGCUUGGCUUGGCGCCGCUGUUAAUCUCCCUCAGUUUUCCCGCCUUUUUUGACGCUUGGGAGCCGCUCUGCCGUCAUAGCCGACAAGAAAGAGAUAGGUGGACCUUUAUGUACUGUAUUGUUGUUGUUGUUGUUGUUCUUCAAUGGCGCCGAUUACCAGAAACGUGCCUUUUUUUGGGGUGGGUGAAAGGUUUAGAUAUUUAGGGGUGGGUGGGUUUUGUGUGACUCCUUUUGUGAGGGAAGCAAAAAGAGCAAAGGAACGUUGCCUUUGGCUUCCCAGGUUUUCUCUCCAAAGAGGAACCGUGGUUGUCGCUUUGGUUUCAGGAAAAAGGGGGUUUUUAUUGGGGUUCUAGGUCCCAUUUUCUGGGUCCUUUUGCCCGCAAACGAGGACCAGGCCUCAAGCGACGGGUUUGGAACCAUCCUGAGGAAGUUUGGCCGAAGGGGAGAGAGAGAGAGAAUUGUUUCAGGGUUAUGCUUUAUUCUCUCCUCUCUUUAUUCUCUUCUCUUUAGUCUCUUUAUUGUUUUGCUUGACUGUUUUAAGCUGUGGUUGUAAAAACCUCAUUGAAGGAAAAUGCCAAUCUUAAAAGCAGGUUUUAGAACAGGCCCAAAAGAGAAUCCAUUUGCGGGAAAUUAGGAGCGAUAUCCGUAGUCAAAAGACCAGAGCGGUCAUUCAUUUGCAUUGAUCGGACCCUCAAAAAACCAGCCCCGAACCUUUCGGUGAGGACAUUGACGACGACAACAGACCCAGCUGCUUGAUGCCUUAAAAAAAAAAGUCUUUUCCGGAGCUUUCUCCGCGGAUCAUCCAAAGGUCCAUUGCAUUUUUAUACGAUGAUUUUGCUUUUCCGUGUUUGAUUUCCGCUAAUUUGCUGAGCGCAGAUGCCGUUGCCGCCGCUGCCGUCACCGCCGCCGCCAUCUCUCUGUAUUUCCUUUAAAACCAAUAAUACACUUUAAUCAGAACCAA